ACCAUAUGAUUUUUUUUAUUGUGACUUUCGUUGCUUAGUGACCAUGAAGUUAUACCAUGAAGAGCUAGUAAUAUUGAUUUUCUUAUAUGGGAUUGUUUCCCGAUAACAGUUUUCGUGCCGCUAUUCCACAUAAUUAAGUGUAUGGAAAAAUAGUGAGAGGAAAAACUAACAAGAUGAAAGGAAGUGUUAAGCCGGUAUUCUCCUUCAAUCUCAGUCAUAAAACCGUUGAGAAGAAAGUUUGCAUUGGCAAGUACGAUGGUACACAUUCUUGCCUCACAGCUGUGACCAACACUGAUAAAAUUGUAAUUCAUAGUCCUCACAGACGAUCUGGUAUUGCAAACAGCCGAGUUUCCUGGUCAAAUGUCCACCAUGACAUCGCAACUUUGACCCUGAGUCAACAAAUUACGGCGAUUGAAUGUGGAAAACUCAAUCCAAAUGAUGACAAAGAAGUCCUGAUUAUUGGAAGCCCUACACAUAUCCUAGCCUACAACAUUGAAGAGAACAUGGAUCUGUUCUACAAGGAAAUUCCUGAAGGAGUUCAAGCUCUCUGUAUUGGGACUAUUGGGAUGCUCCAAAUGCCGGUUGUAGUCACAGCUGGUCAAGGUGGUCUUAGAGCAUUCGACAGCAAUGGAGUAGAGCACAUAUGGCUCAUUACCGGAUGCAAUUGUCUGACUUUGGUGCUUUUUGAUGUGGACAAGGACGGUCACAAUGAGAUCCUGAUCGGCUCACAGGACUCCAUGAUAAAGGUUUACAAGCAAGAAUCUCUGUUAUAUGAAUUUACUGAAAAUGGGAUGAUUGUGGAACUUAUGAGCUUAUGACCCGGGCAUUUUGCUUAUGCAUCAGAUAAUGGAACUGUUGGUGUUUAUGAAAAAAAUCUACGUCUGUGGCGGAUAAAGUCGAAGCAUCGCCCAACUUCUGUGGUUGAUUACGAUUUCCUAGGUAUGGGCGUUAGCCAACUUCUAACUGGAUGGGACAAUGGCAAGAUGGACAUUAGAGAUAUUUCUACCGGAGGUGUUUUAUUCAAGAUCUACCUAUCUGUGGGUAUCACAAAACUCCUCAAAGGAGACUACCGUGGAAUUGGGAAGACUGAUCUCAUUUGUUGCACUCAGGACGGAGAAGUCCGGGGUUAUACCACAUCGAAAAUAAAUAUUGCUGCAAUUAAUGUGAUGGAACAGGAACAGAUCACUGAACUUUUUAACGUAAAGCACGCACUUAUGUUGGAAUUGCAGCAUUAUGAGAGCAAUCUCAAGUACAACAUCUCGUCAAAGAAUCAACAAGUUGAAGAAUUUGGUGACACUCCUUCCGGAAUUGGCAUCAUCCCGGCAAAUACACGCUUGCAAAUAGGAAUUGCAACGGAUAUUGAAAACAAAACUUCUCCAUCCAUUGAAAUAUCAAUUUGCACAAACAAUUCAACAAUUAUUCGGGCUGUGAUUAUCUUUGCUGAAGGUCUCUUUUCUGGUGAAACACUCAUUGUUCACCCACACAAAGUCAACGUUUCCAAGCUUUCAAUUCCGGUGAAAGCUCCCAAGGAUAUUCAAUACGAUGUCCACAUAAAGGCAUUAAUUGGUUUUGCAAACAGUCAACAAUUUCAUGUAUUCGAACUAACACGACAGCUGCCCAAAUUUGCCAUGUAUGGCCUACCCAAGACAGUUACGGGUUCCCCAAAAUCUACAGAAUUUAUCUCAUCACUCUCUAAACACUGUACUAGUGGUGAGAACUGUGUGGAAUUUCAUAUUGACGAAAGAAUCCAGAGAAUAUGCAUCUGGAUCAAUCAAAAUUUCCUCCUUCCAGCUGAUAUUGAAGCAAAUACGGGAAGUUCGGCAAAGGAUACACGAGGAGGGAGUCUCAAAUUGCACUUAAUCUCCAUUCGAAAUUUAUCAGACGUCUGUAUUGAAUUUAGAGAGAAUGGGAAUGUUAUUCUUCACACCACAGAAAUGGAAUUGGCGGGAAAUUUUAUUAAAUCACUAGCUGAGUUUCUCGAUAUUGAUAACUUGAAGACAGUAGUAAAGUUCCCACAAGUCACGAAGCAACUGAAGGAACUUUUUGAGAAGCUCAAUGGUCUUCAAGAUACUCAACACAAACUUCUUGUGGAGCAAAAUGAAAAAAUUGCAGCAAUUAAAAAUGUUUCAGUACGCCUCUCAGAUGCACGUAUUCACGAUCAUAAACUAAUGCUAAAGUACAGCAAUGAUUUGAUGACACUUCAUGAGGAUCUUUUGACAAAUUUUGUGAUACGCCAAAAGAAUGCCAAUGAACUGCAAUCGGCCAUCAAGACCAUAAAUGAACUUUUGCAGAAUGGAGCUAAAUUGAGAAUUGGUAAACCAGCUGCUCAGGUCAUGAAACACUUCAAGGAGGCAGUGAAGAACAACAAUGUUGAAACUAUUGUGAAGCUCUUUGAGACUGGAGAGAUCUAA